AUGGCCUUAUCUGUUAGCGCUGACAAACCACAUCGCAAAGCUUCAAAUUCUUGUGCCUCAGUUUACGAUGAAAUGGUGACCUGUUACCAAGAAUCGCCAUGUUUUAAAGAACUUAAUAGGCCAUUCAUGGAUUGCCUAUCAAAUCUCAGACCACAAGAAGUAGGUGAAGAAUGUCUAGUUCUAAGGAAGGCUUACGCUCAGUGUAGGAGGAAUAUACUUAAAGGUCAAUACAGAGUUAUGGGCAAUCCGUACUCAUAG